AUGUUCCCGACAAUGCUUCUUCACGGAGCCCUGCUCACCGCCGCUCUCGCCAGGGCCGACAACGUGUCCCUCGUCACUGUGGCCGCGACAACAGCCACCGUGAUCGUUGGCAACGGGUUGACCAACGGGACCCAGCAGCUGGCUCAGCUCACCACUGUCGGCCUCAGCACCGUCACAGUGUACAGCAACCAGCAGAAACCACCUCAGGCCACCGUCACCUUCACGCCCGGAAACAGCCUUGGCGAUUUGGAGGUCACCUUGCCACCCAUUGACGCGUCCCAACUGUCGGAACUCACAAGCUCUAUCCUUGCCAACAUCACGAGCGUGGUAUCCAACUUGACCGCUCCUACGGCCAACUCGAACUUGACUUUGUCUGCCACCUCUCAAGAUUCUGCGACAUCGUCGGCUGCAUCAGGCACAGGCUCUCCAGAGGUAUCAACAGCUACCCAGUCUGCCCCCACGACGACCAAUUCGACAAAUCAAGCUGCUGACACGAAUGGGCUUUUUGGCCGAAGCCUCAAGGCAAUGGCGGUUGGCUUUCUCCUGGCUUUGGCGCUCUGA